ACAUGGAAUGGAACUUGAGAGGACUGGCUAAACAAGGCAUUCCUUAACAUAGUCUCAAACUUAAAGGCAUUCCUUAACAUAUUCACACGCCACUUGCAAUUCUUCUCACUAACUCUUCUUGCUUUAUUCAUCAUAGUCUUUUUCUUAGUAUUUUCUAACACAAUUCAUUCUUCAGAUAACAAAAACAACAUCUCGUCAUCAUCAUAGUCUAACUUUGGUCUGAAGAAGAACAAUAACAAAACAAGAUGUCAAUAGAAGAAGAUGUUUUCAUUGGAGCAAUUGAUCAAGGAACAAGUAGUACCAGAUUCAUAAUCUAUGACAAAUCAGCUAAACCAAUUGGAUCUCACCAAGUUGAGUUCACUCAAUUCCAUCCACAAGCAGGGUGGGUGGAGCAUGAUCCAAUUGAGAUAUUGGAGAGUGUGAAGGUUUGUAUGACAAAGGCAAUAGAUAAGGCAACAGCUAAUGGAUUCCAAGUGGAUAAAGGGUUGAAGGCAAUUGGUCUCACUAACCAAAGAGAGACCACUCUUGUUUGGAGUAAAUCCACCGGUUCUCCCCUUCACCAAGCUAUUGUUUGGAUGGACGUUCGUACUGCCUCUAUUUGCAGGCGACUUGAAAAUGAGUUAUCUGGCGGUAGAACUCAUUUUGUCGAGAGUUGUGGUUUGCCGAUUAGCACAUAUUUCAGUGCUUUGAAAAUUUUGUGGUUGAUGGAAAAUGUGGAUGCUGUCAAGGAAGCUAUAAAGAAAAAGGAUGCAUUGUUUGGAACCGUAGACACUUGGUUGAUAUGGAAUUUAACCGGUGGGGUGAACGAAGGAUUACACGUUACCGAUGUUACAAAUGCAUCUCGGACAAUGCUGAUGAAUCUAAAAACUCUAAGGUGGGAUGAAUCCACCUUGAAAGCACUCACAAUCCCUCCUGAAAUUUUACCCAAAAUUGUUAGUAAUUCGGAGGUUAUAGGCAACAUUGCAGCUGGAUGGCCAAUUUCCGGUAUGCCUAUCUCUGGUUGUUUGGGCGAUCAACAUGCGGCAAUGCUUGGACAAGUGUGCCGUAAAGGUGAAGCAAAAAGUACCUACGGAACAGGUGCUUUCAUUCUGCUGAAUACCGGAGAAGGAGUAGUUCAAUCAAAGCACGGCCUUCUAUCUACUGUAGCUUAUAAGCUUGGUCCAAAUGCUCCAACCAACUAUGCACUCGAAGGAUCUGUUGGUAUUGCUGGAGCUGCGGUGCAGUGGCUUAGAGAUGGUCUUGGUCUCAUUUCUAAUGCUGCGGAGUUAGAGGCUAUGGCAUUAGCGGUUGAAUCCAAUGGUGGUGUUUACUUCGUUCCUGCUUUCAACGGAUUGUUUGCGCCGUGGUGGCGUGAUGAUGCUCGUGGUGUUUUUAUUGGAUUUACGGGGCAUACUAAUAAGGGUCACUUAGCUCGAGCUGUGCUCGAGAGCAUUUGUUUUCAAGUCAAAGAUGUGAUAGAUGCAAUGCACAAUGAUUCUGGAGCUGAUCAAUCCAAUAAAGAGGAGUUCUUGCUUAGGGUAGAUGGUGGAGCAACUGUUAACAAUCUGUUGAUGCAGACUCAGGCGGAUUUGUUGGCAACUCCAGUGAUUAGACCUGUUGACAUAGAAACAACAGCACUCGGAGCAGCCUAUGCAGCUGGAUUAGCAGUUGGGGUAUGGAAAGAAGAUUACAUUUUCGACUCAAAGGAUAAGCUGCAAAAUGCAAAUAUUUUCCGUCCUUUAAUGGCUGAGGAUUUGAGGAAAAAGAAAGCAGAUUCUUGGUUGAAAGCUGUUAGUAGAUCUUUUGACUUAGCAGAUCUUAGUUAGUCUUUGAAUGUGCUCUUUAUGCAACUGCUUGUGAGCUUAUAGGUGAUGACAUUGUUUCUUUUUGAAGGAAGCUGUAAUAUACAUACAGUAGAUUCAACUAGUAGUUAAUAUUGUUUAUCAAAACAUUCCAAUACUUACUGGUAAAUGUAAAUUAAACUUUUAUAUUUUCAAAUUGCUCUCA